AUGUCCAAAAUCUUGUGUACCCUGGCCUGGUACCAUGACGGCGGCACUCUCAAGCCGCAACUAGUACUUUCCUGCACUCCGGUCACGAAUCUUGUAAUGAAAGGUACGGAUUGGAAGGGUGCGCGGAUAAGCAAUACGAACGCGACUGCAGGAGCGCGGGAUCGAUUCGAGUAUAGUUUCACCGGUGGGAGAUCGGUGACAAGAAUUUCGCUGGUUAUGAAUACUUCUGUCAUAUUACCGCCUCUGGUUUGGCUCUCUAAACAUCCCGUUGGUCCACCGACGAAAACUGGACCUAGAGGCAAGCCUGUGAAGCUAGACAAAAAAGAAGAAGCUCGCCGCAUAAUCGCCGAAGAAAUUCAAAAAAUCGAAGACAAGAAACGUCGGAGAUCUUCCCCACCCCACCGCUCCCGGCAAGAAGCGCUCAAAUACUAUGACUCCGACGAUGAAUACGAUGCCCGUCGCGACCGCAGAAGAAGGUUAGAAAACCGUGGGUAUGAAUCUCCCCGCGACUCACGCAGUCACCGUCCACGAAGCCCGGAAUCUAGACGCAGGGAUCGCCAUAGGCGGCAGGAAAGCGCCUCCUCGGCUUCCUCUGCUGAUUCUGUCCGCGAGGAAUAUCGGAGGAGGAGACGGGAACGCAGAAACUAUGCGAGAGGGGACGCGGACGCGGGAGAAUACGCCCCGGAUGUGGGCGGUGGGGGUGAUGUGUGA